AUGGUUUUAGACCUUUUGAGAGCUGGCUAUGGGUAUUUAGGAAAAAUCUUAGAGACAGUGUUGCUUGGUGGUUUAGCAUUAAUAUUAUAUUUCUGGGCAAAUCAGAAAAUCUUGCGGCUUGGCGCUGGUCAGUCAGGUCCCUCUUCUCUACCUGUUAGCGGUCAAAGACAGAUAAUUGUCAUUCUCUACUCCCUCAUGCUGGGAAUACAGUUAGGAUUUAAGUUUGCGACCAAAUCCUUGAUUUACAUUCUUCAACCUUGUCACGUGGUGACCAGCCUUCAAGUUUUCCUCCUCGCCGCCCCGGUCAAUCAGUACACAGCUAGAUUAUACAGGAUACAGUUGGGAGUACUUAAUGGUGCAUUGCUGGCGCUCAUUUUUCCAGUGACAGAUACAUAUUCUCUUCCAUUUGAGAUUGAGAUGUAUUGGAUUCAACAUUCAGUCAUGCUUCUUGUUCCUUUCUACCUUUAUAGACAGGGAGAUCCUUUCUCAAAUAUAUAUACAGAUAAGUUUGCGUACAGUGUCCUGGCGUACUCAGUAUUCAUGAUUUACCAUAUUUUCAUUCUUCAGCCAAUAUCUUGUGUUCUAGGUGUAAAUAUAUCAACAGUUCUCUGCCCAUCUCCGACUGAUCCUUUCUACGGAGAAAACUAUAUACUCCACGCAGGGUGGAAUCAGGCGGUCGUGAUAUUUUCUUUGAUUGGAAUUUAUACUGUUCUCCUCUCCCUUGUGCCUGUAAAACAACAACACCAACAACAUCAACAACAACAAAUAAACAACAACAACAUCAACAACAAUCCUUCAGUCCAUAAGAAGGAAUCAUGAAAAUAUCAGCUCUAAAAGAGAGUAAAUUAAGAAGUUGUAUAAAAUAAACUUUCAAUUCUCGCUU